AUGCGCGUGACAAGGUCUAUGGCGAGCAGCGAGCAGCUGUUACCUUCCUCUGCAUCCAACCGGCCCCUCGAUCAACCCUCCUCACACACCCCGACGCUACCGGUGCCACACCUCUUGCCCAAACCGAGAUACCAUGAGAUUUACGACUUCAUCCAGGGACUUCACGACGGCAAAGAAUCGGUCAAGUAUGGGGAUCAUAAGUUCGCCGUCGCAGUUCGACGUCGAGACUGGCCUUCACUGGAGAAUGAGCUGUUCGAACCAUGUGUGGAGAGCGAGAAUCUAAACCGGCACACUGCUGGUUGGGCAGGCGACAAAGUCUACUACAACUACGAUGACCGCACAAGAUCUCUUACCAUCAAAAUGCGCGGUUACGCGCUUUACGAGUUGGCCAAGGGAAACCUUGGUUCCCGGCUGUGUGAGAAAUUGGACGGUGUGAAGAAAGACGUGGAACUGGGUGUAAGCAUACUUGAUCCAGAUCAUAGAACGCUCACAUGCUCGAUCCUCAACGAUAUCAACUUUUUCGGCCGGUGUCAAACACAUAUUGGCCGUCAGUCCCUUCGCACGCCUUGUAUCUCUUUCAACUACGCACUCAAGAAUUUUCCAGGAUUCGUCGUUGAGAUUUCGCAUGGUCACAUGGAUCUCAGACGAGCAGCGCAUGAUUAUAUAGCUCGCAGGAAGGGCAAUACCAAGACAUUCGUCGGGAUUGAGUUUGAACAUCGUACGCCUGAGCAACAACGCGUGUUGCGCGAACAGCCUCACUGGGCCACCUACCAAGUGUUUCGUCUUCGUGUCAAGGACAAGAACCUGGCGGUUAUAGACGCCGGCACUCGUGUCAAGUUCCGAGAUGCUAAUGGUGUCAUCUCGCCAAACGCCAAAAUCCCGUUCUCUGUAGCCGACUUUGUAGCCGAUUCUGCGCAGCCAGAUACAGUCGAUCUUCAUACUCUACAGCUGGACUUUACGCACCAAGAGCUUCACGACAUCUUCUCGGACGCAGAAAAUUGUUCACGCAUCGUAGACGAGUAUAGCGACAAGAUGCGUUCUGAAAGGAGGCUGGAGUAUGAAUCCUCGGAACUGAGCGAUGCGGAUAGUGAUUCCAACACUUCUGAUUCUAAGGAUGUCGGCACCGAUGGGAACAACAAGGACCAGGGCGAUUCUGAUAUCCUCAGCCAUGUCGAUGAGAACCUCAGCGAGCAUGGCAGCCCCAGCGCCACGAUUGCCACUUCACCGGCCCCUGCACGUGGCUUACCCCCUCUCAAGAAGCGGAGGCGCGAUGGUCCUGGCAACAUACAGAUAGGCGAGAUCAGAAAGAGCUGA